AGUCUUGCGAUGCCGACGCGAAUAUUCGAUGUCUAUUUGACUGUAUGUGUUACAUUCUGCAUUCUAUCGAUAACUUGUUCGAAACAAGAGUUGACGAAUGAAAGUGUCUUAGACAGCACCGAAGCGGGCGCGCCUUCCGAACGUACGACUAGAGAUGAAUCUGAUGGAACAGAUUCACUAUAUACCGACACAAAACCAGCUGCAAAAGAACGUCUUCCUGAUCGACCGUUACAGCUUGUAAAGCCAGACACCAAGCAUCACCGCAGUUUGACAUUGGUUGAGGAGAAUGUCAAGCAUCUACACUACAUCGAGGGUCCACUGGCCGUAGUGGCUGUAGUUGGCAAAUUUCACUCUGGAAAGUCGUUCCUAUUGAAUCAACUGAUGGGAAAGCAGUCAGGAUUCGGAAUAGGACCGUCUGUACAGCCACACACUAUGGGAAUUUGGAUUUGGGGAAAGCCUACGGAGAUGCAGCUUGCAAGUGGACAGAAAGUGUCCGUGAUUUUUCUCGAUACAGAAGGGUUUGCUGCAUCGAACAUCUCUGAGACUUACGAUGCAAAAAUAUUUGCGGUUGCUACAUUGCUCAGCUCCUAUCUCGUAUUUAACUCAGUGAAGAUAAUUGACCAAGCAGAUAUUGACUAUCUAGAGCUGCUAGCUAGACGAACAAGGCUCUUUGCUCUUCGAUCGCAGAUAUCGAAAGCUAAAUGGGUUGAUGAUUUCAAUCAUGACCUGCUCACUUUUCCACCUCUUUUGUGGAUUGUGCAGGAUUUUGUUCAGAUGACUUUAGGUGGCGAAACCCCUCAGCAGUGGCUUCAUAGACUGAUGGGCAGCAAAUCAGCAAGAGACAGCGAAGAGCAUGAGAUCAGCUUGCUUGGUAUUUUUGACAGCGUAGAUUGUCACACUCUUUUCCUGCCGGCAGUACAAAAGAACCUCCUUCAAGAUCUCAGUCAUGCUAAAGAAGAUGAUCUAACGACAGAUUAUAAGAAUGACAGAAAAGCACUUUUUGAAAAAAUGCAAACGAAGUUACAGCCAAAGGAGAAAAAUGGUCGCUUGAUCAAUGGACCAGAACUUGCAUCUCUUUUGCGGUUGCUUGUUGCUGCAGCAAAUGAAGGUUCACUAGCUGCUAUUCCUGGUCUAUGGACGAUUUUUGUUGAUGGAUUAAAAGAGAGUGCUCGUGGUGACUGUUUGGUAUUCUAUGAGGCUGAAAUGUCAAUCAUCUUCUCAAGAUAUGAAAAUGGGCCAAUAAAUGCAACAAAAUUAAUGCUAUGGCAUACGUCGGCAGUCAACAGAACUGUUUUGCUAUUAGAGCAGUUGUUGUUUGGGUUGAAUGACGCCAUCAAUGCAUCACUUGUCGGUCUACAAAGAGAUAUGGCUGACAAAUAUUUGAAGAGUCAAGAUGUCAACCAAAAAAAGAUUCAGAUCAAAUGCACUGAAGUGCAAAGAAGAAUGGAAGUUGAGGCAGAGUCUCAGCUGGACCAGACUGUAUUGCCUGUAUUGACUUCAGAAUUAGAACAACAAUAUAGGGAGAUUAAAUCGGGUGUUUUGGAGAAAUUAAGGGCUGAUCUUAAUGAGUUGCAGGACAGUGACUACUUUCUCACUAGCUUGGAUCAACUACAAAAUUCUCUUAGCAAUAUUCGUGAUACUUACUUGCUGAAAAAUCGGCAAGCUUUAGAGAAAGUACUGGAAAAUGCAAGGGACAGUGCCAUCAAUCAUUUCAGGGAUAGUGCACGUAAUGUUGAUAGAAUACCAAGACUUGAGCCUGAAUUGCAACGUAUUUUGAAUGGAGCAGAGCUUGAAGCUCUUGCGGUUUACGAACGUGAGGGCAGUCAGGCAAAGGAAGAAAGUCUAUUUCCUGCAUACUAUUCAAUGGUCAAAACUGGUGUUUCUGAACUAAAGAAAGCAUUGUUUGAAGAAAAUUUACAGUUGGUGCGAAGUGCUUGUGAAGGAUCGGCAUCGGAAUUGGUGAGAAAGUUUCGUACUAACACGGGUCCUAGCAAGAUCGCUCUUCCAUUGAAUGAAACGGAUUUGGACAAGAAGUUGGAAGUGGAGAUGGAUCUGAUGCUAUCAGAGUACAGCCAGCUUCAUGCUUCAUUUAGUUCAACUGAUGAAUACAAAGAGGUGAAAAAGUCUCUAAAGAAUCGCUUGCUUUCUGUUUGUGAGGAUCGACAUAAAGACAACGUUGAAGCUUAUACCAGAGAGGUUCGAGUGCCUCUUGAAACUGCAAAGAAGAUAAUCUUGCUGUCUGCUGACAAAUAUGACACUGCAUUUAGUGUUCGACAAUACAUGAUUGAAGUGUGCAUGUUGAAUUUAAAUGAGGGAAAGCCAAAGCUGUGGGAAGGAAGUCUCAAGAUCAUGAUUGUCAAUAACUACAUUGAUACUGAAGUUGAGCUGCAAGAAAUUAUCACCUCUAGGAACUCAUUUUGGUCAAACUUGAAAGGCUUCUUUCAAUGGCUUGUAGUGUGGAUUCAAAAUAUGUUAAAUGGUCUCGAGGAUACACGAAAACUACUUUCUUAGAGAUAAGUAGUCAAAUUUAGUAGGCAUGGUGAGAGAAAAAUUUAUCUAGGUAUGGAUAUUGAUCAUAUUGUUUACAACAAUCAAUGUGUAUAACUAUGAUCCAUGAAUACAGAGCCUAUA